ACGUCCCCGCCGCGCCAUCUUUAGAAAACACUGAGCCCAACACUGAAUGAAACUUGGUUUUCGUCGUUUGUGAGAGCUGCUCGCUGCAUGGAGUGAUACCCCUGCUUUUACAGGUGUUUUAAUAGAUCAUGGGGAUCAAGGUUCAGCGCCCUCGCUGCUUCCUUGACAUUGGAAUCAGUAAUGUGCUUGUCGGUAGAGUUGUGGUGGAGUUGUUUGCAGACAUCUGUCCUAAAACCUGUGAAAACUUCAGGUGCCUCUGCACAGGUGAGAAAGGCGUCGGCAAAGGAACUCAGAAACCCCUGCACUACAAAGGAUGCCUUUUCCAUCGAAUUGUAAAAGACUUCAUGAUUCAGGGAGGAGACUUCAGUGAAGGUAAUGGAAGAGGAGGCGAAUCCAUCUAUGGAGGCUUUUUUGAAGAUGAAAGCUUUGCUGUUAAACACAACAAGGAGUACCUGCUGUCUAUGGCCAAUAGGGGCAAAGAUACAAAUGGAUCACAGUUUUUCAUAACAACAAAACCCUCACCACAUCUGGAUGGUGUCCAUGUGGUUUUUGGUCAUGUGAUCUCUGGCCAAGAGGUUGUUCAAACUAUGGAGAACCAGAAAACUGAUCAUAACAGCAGACCAUACGCUGAGGUGAAAGUUUUGAACUGUGGAGAGCUCGUCCCGAAAUCUAAAGCAAAGAAAGAUGCAAAAAAGAAAGAGAGGGCCUCCUCCAGCUCCAGCAGGAGCUCGAGUGACUCUAAGAGCUCCUCGGAAUCAUCUUCAGACUCUGAAGAAUCGGAAAAAGAAUCUAAGAAGCGGAAGAAGAAGGCAAAAAAGCUAAAAAAGAAACAGAAGAAGAAGGAGAAGAAAAUGUCCGAACCUGAAAGUGCCGAAGAGAAAGAACAAGAAGAGUUGGUUACCUCUACCGUUCGUCCUGAAGAAAUACCGCCCAUCCCUGAGAAUCGAUUCCUAAUGAGGAGAAGUCCCCAGGCAAUCCAGAAGUCAAAAGAAGAGGUUGAAAAGGAUCAGAGAAAUAAAGAGGAAAGGCCAAGAGACAGUACUGGCAUAACCUAUAAUUCUCAAUCAUCAUAUCACCGAAGACUAGUGAUGACUCGAUCUGGCAGGAAAAUUAAAGGCAGGGGUCCACGGAGAUACCGGACUCCAUCACGCUCUCGUUCAAGGUCUAGAGAUCGUUUCCGGCGCAGUGAAACUCCUCCACACUGGCGUCAGGAAAUGCAGCGUCAGAGGAUGAGGGCAGUCACAGGGGAGCGUUGGAUCAAGGGUGACAGGAGUGAAAUGAAUGAGUCCAAGGACGAACCAGCUAAGCGGCUCUCUCCAAAAAGAGAGAGACGGAGCUCGGCCACAAAGCAUGAACACACAGCAGAGGGUAAAAAAGAUAAGAAAACUCGGUCCCACAGAUCUAAAAGCAAAGACGAGAACACCGAGGAAAAGGAUGAGAAGCAUAGCAAACACAAGGCAAAGAAAAGGGAUAAAUCUCAUAGCCGCAGCAAAAGCCGAGAAAAGAGCAGAAGGUCAAAAAGCAGAGAUCGGAGUCACAAGCAGAAAAAUGACGACAGAAGAGGUCGCUCAAGGAGCAAAGACAGAAGUGUUAGUAAGAAAGAAAAGGAGUCCGAAUCUGAUCACAAUAAAGAUAGAAAUAAAGGUAACGAAUCUGAUAAAAAGCAUAAAGAAGACACAAAAGGAAGAAAUGGUGAGAGAACAAGGACAAAGUCAACAAGCAAGGAGAGAGCAAGUGCUAAAGAUGAGCACAGGUCAAGUAGCAGAAACAGGGACAGAAGUGAACCUGCAGCAUCAAAAGAUAAAGAAGAAAAAAGAGAUAAAGACAGAGAGAGGGGCAGAGAACGCAGCAGGAGUCAGGAGAGACGACACAACAGUGAAAGGGAGAAUAAGAGACGAGGAACGUCCAGGGAUAAGGAACGUCGGACGAGAAGUCCGGACCGAAAUAAGACCAGAGACUCGCACAGAGGCAGGCGCUCCAGAAGCAAGAGCGAUAGGAGAGACCACAGCAAAGACCGAUCCUCUCAUAGAAAGGACAGAGACAGAGAAACUGGCGGCCAAAGGAGGAGACAUAGCAGCAGCUCUGAGAGUGACAGAGAAGAAAAAAGAAAGAGUCAACGGAGCCCCGACUCCAAAAGAAGAGCAAAUAGUGCUUCCAAAUCCAAAGACAGAAGAAGCCCAGCCAGACCUAGGCCAGAUAGUACGAAAGGCAAAGAUAAAAGUGAUGGCAAGAGGAAUCAGUCCAGCUCCAGCUCCAGCUCUGACAGCGACUGAGCUUCUGACAGUCCUCGUUGAGUGCAGGAAAAAAACAAAACGACACAGUUCUGCCAAAGCUGACAUGAUGGCACAGGUGUGUCAAAGCUAAUUUCCAAGCUGUUAAAUUACAGUUGAUAGAACUUCCUGAGAAAAGGCCUAAAAAUGAAGGGUAAACAUUUUCUAAUUACAGACUCUGUAGCAUCAUGUGAGCUUUAGCUGAACUGUGGACUUCAUGGCGGUUGUGCAUAAACACUGUUGAUGGGUAGCUGAAGCUCUAAGGCCAGUUUAAGAGGAGGAUUUGUGACUGGAUCUCAGUGUGUGCUGCAUUAGCGGGACUGUACAGGUGUUCUUUUUAUUUCCUGUGACCAGAGAAAGUCAGACUGAAGGCUGUUUUCUUUUUAAAACAUCUUUGAAUUGUUUGGUAAAUUAUAUUUUGGCUUUACAGUAGCUCUGAUCUCAGACUGUUUACAAAAAAAGAGGAAAAGAGAAAAAAAAAAAGAUUUUAUUGGUACCAUCUCCAUCAACAAGAUAUUUUUACUACAAUAAUGUUUUGCAUGCUUAUCUCUGACACAGUUUGACAAAAUAUGUACCCCUUUGACUUUUUUUUUUUUUUUUUACACAUCCAUAAACAUUUUACUGUAAUCCUGUUUACCAGUUUUGUUCUGAGAAAUGUCAAUGUCAUACUGUAAGUACAACAUAAAACCAAUUUGUAUGAAUUCUGUUUUGUGCAAGAUGGUCUUAAGAACACAGCCGGAGUGCAGAAGGAAUUAAAAGCCUCAGUUUGAUUUUAA